ACAAAUUAAAGAGGACUUCAACGACGUACGUAGAGCAAGCCAAAGAACGAAGACAAAAAUUAACAAAUACAAGAAAGGAAAAUGAAGAAGCAAAAGAUUACAACCUUUGUUAAAGAACUCAACUUACGGAUGAAGAAAGAACCGAUAAGUCUCCGAUACAUUCACAUCCUCGGCACCGUCGUCUUCUUCUCUUCCGUCUCAUCUCUCGUCAUCCUCCUCGCUCUUUACCUUAACCAACGCCUCCAAACAUCACUCUUCCUCGUCGAAGAUUAUCACACUCUCUCCUCAAAUCCUCUCACUUCUCCUUCCCUCUCUCCUCCUCCUCGCAGCUCUGGUAAUGACGUGGCGGACGAAGAGCUGAUGUGGCGAGCAGCAAUGGCCCCACACAGCGCCAUGAUGAAUGAGACCCAUCCAAAGGUUGCGUUCAUGUUUCUAACGAGGUGGAAUUUGCCGUUGUCCCCUCUUUGGGAAAUGUUCUUCAAAGGGCAUGAAGGUUUUUAUUCCAUUUAUGUCCAUACCUCGCCGGAGUUCACUGCAGAGCCGCCGGAAUCUUCAGUAUUUUACAGGAAACGGAUACCAAGCAAGGCUGUUGAAUGGGGAAAAUCGUCGAUGAUGGAUGCAGAGAAGCGUCUUUUAUCGCAUGCCCUACUAGAACCUUCCAACGCACGCUUCGUCCUCCUCUCCGAGACUUGUAUCCCUCUCUUCAACUUCACUACAAUCUACACUUACCUCACGCGCUCCACUCGCUCUUUCCUCGGCUCAUUCGACGACCCAAGGCCCAUGGGACGAGGCCGUUACACCCCUAAAAUGCUCCCACACGUGUCGCUCUCUGAUUGGCGGAAAGGAAACCAGUGGUUCGAAAUCUCACGUAGAGUCGCCGCCGAGAUCGUCUCCGAUCGCCGGUACUACGCAGUUUUUAAGGAUCACUGCCGGCCGCCGUGUUACAUCGACGAGCAUUACCUUCCGACGUUGGUUAACAAGAUUUGUCCGGAGAUGAAUUCGAACCGGACAGUGACGUGGGUUGAUUGGUCAAGGGGUGGGUCCCAUCCAGCGAGGUUUGUGAGGAAAGAUAUUCGAGUCGGGUUCUUGGACCGGAUCCGGUUCGGGUCGAAUUGUAGCUACGAAGAGGCUAUGGAGGUUGCAAAGACCAGAAGAAAGAAAACUAGUCGAAAUGUAGGACAUCAUGAUCUUGUUGGACCCAAGAGGAAUCAAUACCACUACGUGAAGUCAAUAGAAGAGAAUGAGAAGAUGGUAGAAGAAAUGCAACAACAAAUGCUUCAAAUCGACAAAGAACUCAGAGAGAAAACGAUUGUUCUUGAACAGUACAUAUCAGGACUAGAAUACAACUUGAAUCAUAGAUGGAGACCGAUUGAGGAUUACGAGCAGGUGGUGAAUUUUGGAUCAAAUUUCCCCGAGAAAAUGGUGCUCGACAAACUAACUUUUGCUAACAACGCAUAUCGUGAUAAGAAGGCUGUUGUAUCAUUUUCGUCUGGGGAACGAGAGAUUAAUAUCCAAAAUCUAAACCAUCAGAUGUUACACAAGGCGCACUGCAUGGAUGGUGAGAGACGCCUUCUUAAGAUGCUGAAUCCAAAUAAGGAUAUCGACUCUGGUUUUUCGCUUGCACAUGUUGAAGUACAAGUUAAGUGUAUUUUAUACCUUAUUUUCUUCCUUUUUGGUUCACCAAUGGCGACCUUUAUCAAUCUGGAGGAUUCCCCAAUGUUUCAGAAACAGGUUUGUUCCUUGGAGGGGACAGCUGAUGAGCUUAAAGAUCGUUGUCAGAAGCUAUACAAAGGUGUUAAGAAGUUUAUGGGGACUUUGGGAGAGGCAUCCAAAGGAGAAAGUGCAUUUGCAGAUUGUCUGGAAGAAUUUGGGGGUGGACCUGAUGAUCCUAUCAGUCUUUCAAUUGGAGGCCCCGUUAUAUCCAAAUUCAUAAAUUCACUUCGAGAGCUUGCCUCUUAUAAGGAGUUUCUUUGCUCACAGGUGGAGCAUGUGUUACUUGAGAGGUUGAUGAACUUUAUCAAUGUUGAUCUACAAGAAGCUAAGGAGUCUCGCCAUCGAUUUGAUAAAGCUGCUCAUUCUUAUGAUCAGUCGCGUGAAAAGUUUGUGUCUUUAAAGAAGAAUACAAGAGGAGAAAUUGUUGCGGAGUUGGAAGAGGAUCUGGAGAACUCAAAGUCAACAUUUGAAAAGAGCCGUUUCAAUCUAGUAAAUUCACUGAUGACUAUUGAAGCGAAAAAGAAGUAUGAGUUUUUAGAAUCUAUAAGUGCAAUUAUGGAUGCCCAUCUGAGAUAUUUUAAACUUGGAUAUGACUUGUUGAGUCAGCUGGAACCAUUUAUCCAUCAGAUAUUAACAUAUGCUCAGCAAUCAAAAGAACAGUCUAAGAUUGAACAAGAUCGACUAGCAAGACGCAUUCAAGAAUUCAGGACCCAGUCGGAAUUAGACAGCCAACAGCUAGCCGCUAACGCAGAACCUUCUGGUGUUAACGGAAACCGUGGUGGGAUCCCUUAUAAAAAUACCGAAACAAGUUUAACAGCAGACAAGGAAGUAAUUAAACAGGGGUAUUUAUUAAAGCGUUCGUCAAGUUUGAGAACUGAUUGGAAAAGAAAGUUUUUUGUCCUUGACAGUCAUGGCUCCAUGUACUAUUACAGAACUAAUGGUAAUAAAUCAAUGGGAUCUCAGCAUCACUAUAGUGGUUCAUCUGACCAUAAUACUGGCGUAUUUGGUCGAUUUCGUGCAAGACAUAAUCGAUCAGGUUCUCUCACUGAGGGCAGCUUAGGCUAUAAUACUAUUGACCUCCGCACUUCUUUGAUAAAACUAGACGCAGAAGACAUGGAUCUUCGGCUCUGUUUCAGAAUUAUUUCACCUCAAAAAACUUACACACUUCAGGCUGAAAAUGGAGCAGAUAGGAUGGACUGGGUAAAUAAGAUCACAACAGCUAUAGGGACGCUUCUCAAUUCUCAUUUUCUACAACAGUCACCAGUGCGAUUCUUGGAUAAGAGCAACACUAGUUCUGCUCCUGCUAAUGCUGUCGUCUCCGGGGAUCAGAUUCGACAUAAUGAUGCAAGACAGAAUAUCGGGGAUGAUGUCUCAACAAUACUCAGAGGAAUUCCGGGAAAUAAUGCAUGUGCAGAGUGCAAUGCUCCUGAGCCCGAUUGGGCAUCAUUAAAUCUUGGAGUUUUGUUGUGCAUUCAAUGCUCUGGUGUUCACAGGAAUCUCGGCGUUCAUAUAUCCAAGGUGAGGUCCCUCUCAUUAGAUGUGAAAGUGUGGGAGCCAACGAUCUUGGACUUGUUUAGAAAUUUGGGCAAUGUGUACUGUAAUUCACUGUGGGAGGGACUACUUCACCUUGACGAUGACUGCGAAGACAGAUCAGCACUGCCGCAUGCUUCAGUUUCAAAACCAUGUCCAGAAGAUUCCUUUAGUGUGAAGGAGAAAUACAUUCUAGGAAAGUACCUGGAGAAAGCAUUAGUCAUCAAGGAUGAAAGUGAAGCAAAACCUUCUGCUGCGAGUAGAAUAUGGGAAGCUGUUCAAAGCAGAAACAUACGAGAAAUCUAUCGACUGAUUGUUACUACUGGGGAUGUGAAUAUCAUCAACACCAAGUUCGAUGAUAUAACUGAUAUUGAUGCAUAUCACCAUGUUGAUGCAGCAGAGAAAGCAGUAAAGAAAAGACAUGACCCAACUGUGUGUCAGAGAAUCAAAGAAUCCAACAAAGCAGGAAACUGUCUUCAAGGCUGUUCCUUGCUCCAUGUGGCUUGUCACAUUGGUGACUCAGUCUUGCUUGAACUGUUGUUGCAGUUUGGUGCUGACCUAAACAUAAGAGAUUAUCACGGAAGGACUCCGUUACACCAUUGCGUAUCAUCUGGGAACCACAAAUUUGCAAAGAUUCUACUGCGAAGAGGAGCACGCCCAUCGAUAGAGGACGAUGGAGGGCUAAGCGUGCUAGAGAGAGCGAUGGAAAUGGGAGCCAUAACUGAUGAAGAGCUCUUUCUUCUCUUAGCCGAGUGCGCAGAGCGACCGGUAUUCAGCAAGGACAAAUUGAAGAAAACCAAACCCUUUGGAUUGGAAAAACCUCUUUCUUUCGGGUCUCCGUCGACAUUGAUCCGUUUCUUACUCUCCGUCGCCGUUGAAAUGGCGAAGUCUUGUAAGGGUCUUGCUGAAGAGCUUGUCAAAUGUCUCAGUGAAUCGAUUUGUGUCAAGGGUGAGAAACGGUCAAUUAGGGACUGCGCAGGUGAAAAAAGCCCAUGUAUACCGAGUGAGUGUGUUGGCCUAAGAGAAACCUACUUCAACUGUAAAAGAGGACAGGUAGACAUGAGAGCCAGGAUUCGAGGAAACAAAGGCUACUAACAGAAGAGCACCUGCUUGUUUCACACUUUCACUUUGUUGUUUUUGCGUUCUUUUUAUCAUUCCUUUGAUUUCUAAUAGUUGGAGCACAAUAUGAAGGAGCAAUGCAAAUUAGUUACUUGCCAUGUCAAUAUCAAGUUAGGCUUGUUCCUAUACUCAACUUGAUUUCCUUUCCUUUUUAAAGUUGUAUUACACAUGGGGCUAGAUGCUAUUAUUGAAUGUCGUGUUACUUAAAGAAAGGGUAAGAAUGAAAAAAGAUUCUUCUG